AUGGAAAAUAUUUAAAUUAGAGAAGACCUAAAAUAAUCUGUCCUUAAGUUUGUUAUCCAAGAUGUAGAGAGUAAAUAUAAUGUAAAAGUUUUAUUUUGCGCAGAGACUGGAAGCAGAGGAUAUCAUACUCAUACAUCUCAAUCUGAUUUAGACGUAAAGGGCUUUUAUGCUAGUAAAACAGAAGAUUAUUUGAUAACUAAUGAUAAAAAGAAAAUCUUAUAAAAGACUCAUCACUUUCUUAAAUUAGAAGAUGGGUCUGAAGUUGAAUUUGAUUAUACUUUCCUUGAUAUAAGAAAAUUUUUGAAAAGAAAGCUUAGACCAAACAAAAUAGAUUAAAUGAACUUAUGGGUUAUGAGUGAAAGCGUCUACUUGAAUAAAUUUGAUGAAGAUACACUAAAGUUUUUUUAGAAAGAGCUUAAGCUGCCAUAUACAGCAUUAAAUGGUCACAUGAAAACAUAUUUAAAAAUAUUUUCAAAAUAAAAUCCAACAUUAAAAGUAAAAGAAAUACUUACUUCUAUUAUAGUUGGUUUCUAACUCUUACACAUGAUAAUAUUUAAGGAAAAUCCUAUUUAUUAGACUUGGAAAUAGUAGAAUUAUUUAAAGAAAUAUGUUGAUAAUUUAAGGGAUUAGAGUAAAGAAGUACCUUUGCCAUUAAAAAAUAUUGAGCAUAUUUAAAAAUAUGCCUUAGAACUCUAUGAACUUAAAAAAGAAGCACGUAAGGGAGAGUUGGAAAAUAUUGACUCAUCCUUUUUAGAAUGGAUGCAAUAAGUUAUAAAUUUUUAUAAAGAUUUUUAAGAAUAAACUUUGAGUUAGGAUUACAGUGAAAGCCCUGAAAUUUCUAAAAGUAGAGCAGAUCAAAUAUUUUAAAAAAUGAGAAAGAUUGCAGAUGAAAAUUUAUGA